CAGCUUCGUGACAUGGCCCUGACAGACCGUUCAGCCAUUGUCGGCCCAGCCCCUUCAACAUGCAGAAAAUUAUCAGAAGGACGGCUUUGGCCAGGAACCAAGCCCAAAGGAAGGCGAUUAGGUCGGCCAAAGCCGCCGAACGCGAAGAAUACAAGGACAUAUUGAGGCAGCAGUUUGCGUUCAACCGCAUGCAACUCGAUGCCAUCCGCGCAGAGAGGACGAACCGACGCGAAGAUUGGUUACGAGGAACGCUUGCCCACAAGCGAGAUGGCGGUCUAGAUGGCAACCAUUACGGUGCUCUGAGCCCCCAGGCAAUGAAUCCGCCCAAGAUUCCUGAGCGUCUUCGCCGGAAAUACAUCAACAUCGCCGCGGGUGACCGGGUGUGCCUGAUGAAAGGCAAGGACAAAGGCAAGAUUGGUGAGGUCGUCCGAGUAGACCCCGAAACAGAGACUGUUACCGUCAAGGAUCUCAACAAGUCCGACGUGCAUUUCCCAGAAUGGCUCAACGAACAAUACGGAAACAAGCAACCCGUCAACUCUCUCGAGCUCCCCAUGUCGAUCGACCAUGUCAAACUUGUGGUCACUCUGGACGAUCCGGUAACGGGUACUACUCGUGAUAUGUUAGUGCAGCACGUCUAUGGCGGAGAACCAUUCCUCGAGCGGGAAUACGGCGCAACGACCCCCAAGCACACCAGAUACAUUUCCGGCGAAAACAUCGAGAUCCCCUGGCCCCGGACCGAACCUCCUGCCCUCAAGGACGAAGAGUGGGACACGCUGCGGAUGGAGGUUGAGACGCCGACCUGGCUUCCAUCCCUGGAGUACGCUCCAUUCCCCCCCAGUGUUCUCGAUGAGCUGCGCAACAAGUUCUCCAAGUACCGAGUAAGGCACGAUCCGGAGUGGGUUCGCGAGAAGAAGAUGGAGGAUUACAAGAAAGAAUAUCUGCAACAGCAGGCUCUGUUGACACCCAAGGGCGAGUUGAUGGCCAUGAUUCGGGCGAAGAAGGAGGAGGCACUCAAGUCGAAGUGUGACGCCGAUGGAAACUUGGUCAUGGACACUCAAACUGUCGACUUCAUCGAUCAAUUCCUGCAGAACAAGGCACAGAAGAAGACCCAGUCAAUUGCGUGAGAAGUGUCAGAAAUACCGGGCUAUCACCUCGGAUGCUACACGGCGUUUUUUUAUUUCACUCCCCGAGUGUCUUCCCCCCUAUGGCAUGUAUACAGC